AUGGAGAUUACAAGCUCCAUACCGUUGGUCGGAAGCGUUCUGUUUGUCACCAUGGUGACAGUGGUCUCCGGUCACGGGCGGCUACUGGAGCCGCCGUCCCGCUCCAGUCUGUGGAGGUUCGGCUACAAGACACCGAUCAACUACGAUGACAACCAGCUUUUCUGUGGAGGAUUUGAUGUGCAGUGGCAUCAAAACGGUGGACGGUGCGGUGUGUGCGGAGACCCCUAUAAAGGGCGGCGGGAGAACGAGGCGGGCGGCAAGUACGCCACUGGAACCAUCGCGCGCCGGUACACGGAAGGCCAGACAUUCUCAGUCACCGUGGAGGUGACCACGAACCACGGAGGAUACUUCGAGUUCCGUAUCUGCCCAAAUAACGACCCAACCAGACCCGUCACAGAGAGUUGUUUGGACGAGCACCUCCUGCAACAGCCAUCUGGAGACACGCGGUGGCUGGUGCCGGAUGGUACCCGGAUGUUCUCGCUCAGUCUCGUGCUGCCACGUGGACUCACCUGCUCCCAGUGUGUUCUGCAGUGGAAAUGGAAUACGGCAAGUAAUUGGGAUUGUGAUGCAAACAACAAGUGUUGUAAGGGCUGCGGUCCCCAGGAACAGUUUUUAGGCUGUGCCGACGUCGCCAUUAGAGCUGCCAAUGUCGAAGGCUACGCCAGCAAUAGCCAGGCGCCCAUGGGCAAAGUACAAAUUGGACCAAUUAUCCCUUUAAACGGUGGAACCAUUGGAUCAGGUCUGCAAACACCAAAUAUCGGCAGCGAGGGCUCAUCGUCGGCCGGUUCCUCCCUCGGUUCCCUUCUUAUCGGCGGUGCUGCAGCUCAACCACAACUAUCUGCUAAUUUCCAAGCAAUUGAUGGCGGGAGAGGCUUCGUUGGCACUGUGACGGCCGUGUGCAAGGCGACUCCGCUAUGGCGGUCUCGGUACAUCCUGGCGGAUCAGUGGUGUAAUACGCAGUGCGCGGCUGGCGCCUGUCCACCAAUAUAUUGUCAGGAUGGCUGCAAGGUUUUGUACGCGAAUUAG